UAUAAAACAACAUUUUUACUUUUAACAUAAUGUUUUUAUCUUGGAUUGUGAAUUGUAGCAAUGAUAGUAGUACUGAAUAUGGAAUAUGCGAAUAUUUACUACAUUCUAUGUUAAGAAAUUAAUAUGACAACAAAAAAUAGAGCCAAAAGUUUGAUUGCUGCUGCACUGAUAGGAAAAGCUUUUAAAAAUAAUAACAUACCAUCAACAGUUAUAAAAGAUAAUGAAAAAGAAACAUUUGAAGCCACCGGGCAUCCUGGUGAAAGAAUAAAUUCAAAUAUUACAACAAAAAGAUUGAAAAAAAUAUGUGGAGAAGGUAAAUGCGUUAAGCCAAACUCAUGUAUUAUGAAUAAAAAAUGUCAACAUAAAUGUUGGGAAAAAUUUACAGAAAAUGACAGGAAAAAUAUACUUGAUAAUUUUUGGAAAUUAGGUAGCAAAUCAAAUCAACGAGAUUUCUUAACACAAUGUGUAUAUAAAGGAACAAUACAAAGGAAACGGAAUAAACUAAGUAGUAGGCGUACCAUAUCAUAUAAAUAUUACUUAUUUUACAUGUCUGAAAAGAAGCAAGUAUGUCAACAAUUUUUAAUAAGUACUUUAGAUAUAUCACAAAAAUUUUUAACUUACACCAUUAAACAUUUUUCUCUAGAAAGUUCAGGAAAAAUUAAAAAUUAUACUGAAACCAUUUCUAAAAGUAAAUUAGAUAAUUCAACAGAGUAUGCUGAUUUACAAGAAGAAAAAACUAGAAAUCCCAAUGUUUCCAUAGAAACGAUAACUGAAAAUAGUUUGUCUUCAGAUGUAAGCUGUGUAUCAACUAAUUGUUUAAUACCUACAAAAGAAAAUUAUAAUAAUAUUGAAAUUAAAUCAUCAGUCAGUGAAAAUAAAAGUUAUAAUGAUAUUGAACCGUCAAAAAUUAAUAACCAAUCUAAAAUACAUGAGUUAUCUUCAGUUGAUAAAAAUAUAACAGACAUUUCUGGAUCUGCAUAUUUAAAUGAUGACUUAUUUAUAAGUGAAGAAAUACAACCAAAAGAAAUUAAGAUUAUCAAACAAAAAUGUAGUUUAAAAAAUAAUAAUAUUAAAUUACAUGCAGUGAAUAGUUUCAAAAAUACUUUCGGAGGAGGUAAAUGUGUUAAAUCAAAUCCAUGUGUUUUAAACAAAAAAUGUCAACAUAAAUGUUGGGAAAAAUUUACAGAAAAUGACAGGAAAAAUAUAUUUGAUAAUUUUUGGAAAUUAGGUAGCAAGCCAAAUCAACGAGAUUAUUUAAUAAAAUGUGUAUUUAGAGGACCAAUAAAAAGGAAACGGAACAAAAUAAAUAGUAGGCGUUCCAUUUCAAAUAAAUAUUAUUUAUCUUAUAUGUCUGAACAAAAGCAAGUAUGUCAACAAUUCUUAUUGACUACGCUGGAUAUAACUCAAAAGUUUUUAAUUUACACCAUUGAAAAUUAUUUUCAAGCAAAUUCUGUGAAAAACAAUUGCAGGAAGACAAUCACAAAAGUUCAACUUGAUAAUUCAGCUAUUUUUAAACUUGAUCAAUUUUUACAACAACUACCGGCAUUAUCGUCUCGUUAUUGUAGUACUUCAUCAAACAAGAAAUAUUUGCCAGCGGAGAUUGUGAAUAUUCUUGGACUUUAUAAUUUUUACAAAGAUUACUGUAAAAUAAAUGGAGAUGAACCAUUGUCUAAGUAUAUAUUUAGAAAUACAUUUAAAAAACAAUACAACUUGGGAUUUCAUGUACCAAAAAAAGACAGUAAAUGUAAUUUAUGUAUUAGAUUUGAAAAAACAUAUAAUUCUAACAGCAAACCAGAAAUUCAAAAAUCACAUUUGAACGACUUGGAUGAAUGUAAAACUAUACUAAUGAGGCAUCUACAAAUAACAGAUCCCGGUACGGUAUGUGCAAGUUUUGACCUUCAAAAUUCCUUAAACACGCCAAUAGGGUACGAUAAGAACUUGUAUUACAGCCGCAAAUUCAGUGUGUCCAAUUUAAUUGUCAUUGAGAAUAUUACACAAAAUUCGUAUUGUUAUUUAUGGGGAGAAACUAUCGGCAAUAGAGGUAGUAACGAAAUUGUAUCUUGCAUACACGACUAUUUGAUAAAAGUUGACCAACGAAAAUCUGUGAAAUCUGUUAUAUUACUUUGUAACUCUAAUGCUAGACGAAACAAAAAUAAAGCAAUGCUGUUGAUGAUGUAUCAUGCACUCGAGUAUGAACUUAAUUUUAUAACUGAAAUCAAGCUGAUAUUUUUACUCCCUGGUCACACAUGUUUGCCUGUUGACAGUUUGAUUCUUACUAUUGAUCGUUUUAUUAAAAAUAAGACAGUAUGGGUACCUAGCGAAUGGCCAACAUUGAUUAGAAAUGCCCGCUCAAAUUCAAUACCACUAGAAAUAGUUGAAAUGAAAACUUCUAAUUUUUUUGAUUGGACAUUAGUUUCAAGUUCAUUUUUUUCAAAUCAUUUUAAAACAAACGAAGGUGAAACAAUUUCAACUUCUAAAUUAAGAUCUGUAUUGUUCCAAAAACAGAAUAAUAAUAUAAAGUUAUUGAUUUCUAAUUCAUACACGGAUGUUUGUCCUGAAAAAUUAGUGAUACUAAAAAAAAGAAGAAGAAAUGUACAAAAAUCAGAAAUACCUUGCUAUACAGAACACAUAGGUAUUUCAAGUGCCAAAUUCAAUGACUUAACUAAAUUAUGCAAGGAUGGUAUAAUUCCUGAAAAAUUUCAUAAAGAAUACUAUGAUAUGAAAUCAAAUAAAAAUGUAAAAGAUUGUCUUAAUGAAACUGAUGACGAAGAUGAAGAAUAUUGAUAGGUUAGUAAGUGACUCAGUAUUUUUUUUCUUGUAUAUUAAAUAAAAUUUAUUUAAAUAUUAAAUUUGA